AAUCGUACAUUUCAGUCACUAUGAGGAACCUCGCAAGUGUAAUCGUGGCAUCUUGUUUAUUUAUCAAUUAUGUUUGCUUUUGUGUAUCUUGUGAAUCUUACAAUUCGGAACAACUGACCAAUGAGUUAUUGCAAGAAGUUAAAAUGCUGCGUGAUGACGUCAAAAAGUCUCUCGAGCACAUUGACAUACUAGAUAGAGAAAGGAUUGCGCAUAAAGAACAAAUACAAACCUUAGAAAAGCGAUGUUCUGGAUUUGAUGAUUUACUGUCAUCGUUAAAACAGGAAAAUGCUCGACUCGAAAGAUGGUUGGCAGAAAAUCAAGGUCACACAAACGCCGCCCGUUCUAGCCGGUUUAUUGUCGAUCCGACGUCGCAGAUCGCAUUCACCGCCUUCCUGUCCGGUCAACCAAUAGAAAUAAACGAAAACGACAGGGUGCCUUACAACGCGGUCGAACUAAAUUUGGGGAACGGAUAUGACGUCACCAAACACGAAUUUACGUGUCCAGCUAACGGCGUGUAUGUGUUUCAUUCCAGCCUCUACACACGUGGCCUUGACCACAGUGUGAUUCAGAUGCUUAAGGACGGCGUUCUCUUGACGACGAUGUCCACCAGGGGAGACAACACUGGCGAAGGCUACGAUCAGGGGACAGAACUAGUUCUCACAAUUUGCAACAAAAAUCAGAAAAUCUGGACAAUUGCUGCAACUCAAUAUCAUACCGGAGAGGUAGACGCGUCCGCAAAGGCCACGUCGCUUUCAGGAUUCCUGUUGUUUGAAUUGUAAUAAAAUAAUGGUAAUAUUC